AUGAAAUGAAGCGACUACUGGCUGUGUUCCACCCUCCAACUCACCAUGGAGCUGUGGACUGAAGGAGAACCUGCGAUGCUGUGUUCUCUGUUUUUUAUUUCUUUUAUAUCAACAGCUACUAGUUUUGAAAUGAAAACGAUAUACUGCACGAUAUCUGAUAGCUGUGACUGCGACUUCAACCCAAACAUACAGGGCUUGGAGUGGGACCUUUAUAAAAAUGUAUACGGGCAGCAUCUGGCACAGGAAAUUGUGUCAGAGUCAGUGGCUAGUUUCCUAAAGAAGACAAAUCCAGAUAGACCACUGGUUCUGUCCUUCCACGGAGCAUCAGGGACCGGUAAGAGUAUGGUCAGCACAAUGCUGGGACGCCACCUGUAUGGAACAGCCAUGGGAAGCCCUUACAUCCAUCAGUUUGUCCCCACACUGCACUUUCCCUUAGCUGACCGGGUGAAGCGAUACAGGUCAGAUUUGAAACGCUGGGUACAGGGCAACCUGACAGCUUGUGCUCGAUCUAUCUUUAUCUUUGACGAGAUGGAGAAGAUGCCUACUGGACUGAUCGAUGUUUUAGAGCCGUUCCUUGGGCCUUCACAUGUUGUUUUCCAAACCAAUUAUCGCAAGGCCAUCUAUAUCUUUAUCAGCACUGCAGGUCAAGAGGUCAUUAGCAAAGUGGCUUUAGAGAACAUACGGGCAGGACAAGACCGAGAAGAAAUCCAGUUAAAAGAGCUGGAGGAACCCAUUCUAGAUUCUGUAUACAACAAUCAGAAGAGUGGAUUCUACCAUUCCAGAAUAAUCUUGGAAAAAAGAAUAACUCAUGUUGUGCCCUUCCUGCCUUUGCGUCAGCGUCAUGUGGAGCGCUGCGCCCAACGGGAGAUGUGCCAGCGUGGAGAGUGCCAACGCAAAGAUGUGGCGAAGGCAGUAGGGGGUGUUGUCACAUACACACCACAGGAUGGACAGCAUUUCUCCAGCACCGGGUGUAAACUAGUGCCUGCUAAAGUCAACCUUUUCCUUUGAGACCUGUCAGCAAUGUCUGUGGGUGCACAUAAACAUCAAGCCAGGUUGAUGCCGUCCAUACCGGUCUGCAGGAGCAGUGAAUAGGCUUCUGUAGAAGAGCUGGUGUGUUGUAAAGCAGCCUGCUGAACUAAAUCAGAAGAACAGCUUUGGAAGCUGCCUGUUUUAAAAGCUGAGUUUACACUUUGGGAUGAAGGUAUCUUAAUGUAGAUCCUCGUAAUUUCCUCGCAGGCGAGGUUUGCAUCCAAGUGGCAGGCAGAAUUCCAAUGCAGCUGUAUGUGCCAAAUAACUGUUAAGGCUCUGAGCACGUGGACAGUUUCUGCUUCUGAUCAUUUAAGCAGGCAGAUUCAUAGAGCUGCCAUCAGCUAACCUGGUACAGGCUUAAAUCAUAAGGGAACAGCUUUUAUCUAGGUGUAGCAAUUUUUAAAAGUUUCAACUGGUUUUAAAAUCUGGAACUCUUUAGAGUUUAUUAAUUCUCUUUCAUAAAGAAUGACUGAAACAAGUACUGUAUUGUCACCCCUUUGCCAGUAGGGGACACUGUUGGCACAUUUGGUGUACCAAACUACAGCUCUGGAAAAAAUUUAGACCACUUCAGUUUCUGAAUCAGUUUCUCUAAUUGUGCUAUUUAUAGGUAUAUGAGUUAAAUGAACUUUGUUGUUUUAUUCUAUACUACUAAGGACAACAUUUCUCCCAAAUUCCAAAUAAAAACAUUUACUCAAAUAAUGACUUUAAAUAAUGUUUUGUAUGCAUCUUGGCAUAUUCUCCUCUACCAGUCUUACACGCUGCUUUUGGAUAACUUUAUGCCACUCCUGCUGCAAAAAUUCAAGCAGUCCAGCUUGGUUUGAUGGCUUGUGAUCAUGCAUCUUAUUCUUUAUUAUAUUCCAAAGGUUUUCAAUUUGGUAAAAUCAAAGAAACUCAUAAUUUUUAUGUGGUCUUUUAUUUUUUCCAGUGCUGUAUUUCUGUGUCCAUUUUUAUGUUGCACAUGAUUUGAUCUGAUUGUGAAGUGUUGGAAUGCUAAUUUAUAUUUCAUAUGGAUUACUUAAAGUUUGAUAUGGUUUGAUUCAGUUGUAGGAUACAAAUUUAAUCCUAAAGUGUCUUGAAAUUCAGCUUGCCUUUGCCAACUAAAACAUAUCCAGUUGUUUCAGGAUUAAACUAAGAAUCAUUUGUAAGUACUUAAAGUUUUUUCUCCAUCUUCAUAUUAUUGCCGUUCUCUGUUUAAGGAUUAUUAUGAUGUGUACGUUAUACAUAUCAGGUACAUUUAUUUGUCACAUUAUUUAUUUGUUUAGAUGUGCCACUCAGCUAACACCCCAUUGGGACAGAUUUCCUGGAGAGGAAUUAGGGCUGUCCUUGGGUUAGUCAGCAUUUUAAAUGAAAAUUCAUUCAUCCAUUGUAAGGAAAUUACAAUUUAGGGUUAGAUUUUUACCUAUCUACCAGCCCUAAACUGUUCAAAAUUGCCCAGACACCCCUUCUGCCUAACUUAAGGGAAAUUACACUAUUUUUUUAUUACUUUACAAUUAGAUCAACAUUGAAACAGGAUCAUUUGGAGUGGUUUUGAUGGGAAAUGUGCUGUUCUAGAGAAACUUUUUUAUUUACUGUCCAAAACUGUCCAACAUGUAAACCUACUUGUGUCUUCUGUCUUUUAUAUGUUUGUGAUGGGGAAAUCAGUUGUAAUCUUUUUAGAACUCAUUUCCUUCAGGUACAAUUUUGCCUUACAGUGGCCAUGUACUUAGAUAUAAAUGCAUCUUUGCAUACAUGGAUUUAAAGCCAAAACCAGUGUAAAACUUUUGUGCACCAACAUAUAAUUUUGACACUGUAAGUUGAAUGAAUGAAUGAAUGAAUGAAUGAAUGAAUGAAUGAAUGAAUGAAUGAAUGAAGGAAUGAUAAAUGCCUGCACAGCUUCAGAAAUUGAAUGUUCCCUGCAUUUGAUGCUAACUGUGAGGCCUUGCUCAAUCUUUCGUCGCUUUGCCAUGAGCAUGUUGACCGAUAUUCUACCUCACUCAGUAGUUGAUGGGCGUUCCGUAGAAUUAAUUUGACUUAACACCUCAUGAUCUUGUUUGAGAUGUAGCUUAUUGAGACAUGAUUCUAGUUUGUAUCACCACUAGUGUGAACACUUUGGCUAGGUGCACAUCUAUAGAACAGAUCAACACAUUCUAAAAAAUCUUCCACAACUGAGCCGUAGCCACACAUAUGGUAUAAGGCCACAUAGUAUUGGGCUGUGGGGCAGAACAUACAUUCUUUAAAGUUAAACAGAGUGCGUUAUUAAUAUAAACCAUAGCACCAUUAUAUAAAUCAUUAAGAUGAGAUGAAGUUUGUUUGUUUAAUCCAGAACUAAUCGUCUAACAUCUCCUGAACUCACUACUGCUCUUUAUAUUGAAUGCAAUCAGAUCCUCUCAGCAAUAUUUCCAGACUUGAUGUAAAGAUUUUUGCAGCCAACCAAGAAAUCUUUAUUAAUAAAUUUUAAGUAAAAACAUUGUUGACCAUUUGGUAUGAAUGUAGAAUUAAUGUUUUAAAAGCAGCUGUUCGAAAAUAGGGUCUGACUUCGCAUGUGUUGAAGGAAGCAUGUGCUAGUCUUUACUCUCCUGGUGUUGGGGCAUUACUAGUGAUAGGGGGAGUCCUAAUGAGUGGGUUGAGUAAUUGGCCUUGUAAAUUAGGGAGAAAAAUGGGAUAAAAAUUAGAAAUAAAAUUUUAUAUAUAUACACAUAUAUAGGUUUUCACAACCAUUUAAGCAUCCAUAUUGGAAAACAUUGACAAUCAUGUUUUCUUCUAUAUAUUGUGAUAGUAUAGAAUACAGCAAUUCUCACCAGAUUCAUAAAUAAUCCAACAUGUCAUGUUUUUAAUAAUGCACUCUGUGUAUCUAAUAAUAAAAAUAAUUGUAUUAUAGAUAUAUAAUACAUCUAUUAUAUCAUAGAUUUAUCAUAGCAAAUGAGGAAUUGGUGAACUUUCUUUUUUGUAUCAAGCAGCAAAAAAAGUGAAUUAGACAAUAAAAAUGUGAUUAUUAACUUAAUACAAUGUAAAGACUGUUUUAUACGUAAUCAUUGCUUUGACAUUGUUAAGAACCCUUUAUUUUAAAAGGAAAUUUGGUUACAGAGCUGUAUACAAACAUUUUGACACACAGGGCAGGUUUACAGACAGGGAUUAAACCUAGUCUUGGAGUACACCACAUUUUAAAAGAAGUUUUUUUAUUGAAAGGAAAAAAAUAAUCUAGGACAGGACUGAAUCCUUGCCUGGGAAACUGACCAUAGUGUGUAAUAGGUCUUAACCAUAAGAUGAAAAAGGAAGUGCUGUACUUUAUUGUGCCUUAAAUGAAAAUCAAAUUAAACAUCAUCUAUCAUUUA